AUGGCCGGGCCCUUCCUGUCACCCUUGCCUGGGGACCUCCUCUCAGAGUACAUGUUUGGCCGCCGAAGACAGAGAAGGAACCGCACAACCUUCACCCCCCAGCAGCUCCAGGAGUUGGAGUCUCUGUUCCAGAAGACACACUAUCCAGAUGUGUUCCUAAGGGAGGAAGUCGCUCUGAGGAUCAACUUGUCGGAAGCGAGGGUUCAGGUAUGGUUCCAGAACCGGAGGGCCAAGUGGAGGAAGCAAGCCAGACUCCAGCUUCUCCAGGACGCCUGGAGAAUACGUUGCCUUGGGCUGUCAACGCCACCUCUUUUGUUGGGCCGUGGUCACAACUUGCCGCCUCCAGAGCAGGGCGAUACUCGUAGUAUGAAACUGUCGCCGCCGCCGCCUCCACCUCCACCCGCCCCCGGUCAUCAGGAGCCUCUGAACUAUCGCAUCAUGCCUCCAUGCAUGCCGGGGAUGGCGGGGCAGAACAGUUCUAUGUGUCCUUGCGGUCCGCCACAGCCCGUCACCUCCUCCCCACACCCAGAAUGUCUGUCCAUGAGAGAGAGCAGCCCUGGUGGCGGGGGUGGAGGGGCAACGUGUUCUCCCCCGCCACAUCCUCCGCUUGCCCCCACACCCGACCAGACCCAGGGUACGGACCUGUCUCUCAAGCGACCCCCUGACCUGACAGGGUAGAAACCUACGUGACAAUAUAAGGGGGUGUACUAUAACCUGACAAUACAAACACAUGAUUCAUCCAUUGCUUAAAAGAAGCACAAUAAAAAGAAUAAAUAACUGAUCAUCAAAUGCUAGAAAUAAAUUUUUAUAACAAAUCAACUCACAAAUUUUCAUUUCAAGAUUACAAAAUUAUUAUGUAUUAAUACCUACUACAAGAUGGAUUUUGUAAAGUCUGGUAACAGAAUGUGAAAGAUUCAACACGCUCCAAACUCAAUUUUUUAAUCAAAAAAGUUUACAACUUUAUUUAAAAAAUCAGUGCAGAAAUAAAAACCAGCAACUGAUUACAUGUCUGCACCUUGUAAAUAUAAAUUGUAUUAUAUGGUUCACUUAUUGUUGUGUAAUUAAUGUGUUAUUAUUGUUGUGAAUUUUAUUGAUGAAUCGUAAGAUAAUUGUAAGAAAUAUGAAUUAAAUGUAGAUUUGUUCUAUUA